AUGGAUGAACUAUACUCGCUCGACUAUGGGACCAUUGCAUCCGACCCGCUGACUUCAGCCUCGCCAAUCAAUGCGCUCAUUUUUCUCUUCAAGUGGACAGCAGAGCGAGAGGGAGAUGAUCCGACCGAAAGUGGUGCUCGUGGGCCUCGGACAGGCGGUGUUUACGAUCCAGAGUUUGGAGAAAAGGGCGGUUUCUACGCAAAGCAGGUUGUCAACAAUGCCUGCGCUACAUUGGCCAUUGUCAAUGCUUUGGGCAAUCUACCUGGAUUGCAGGUCGGACAGGUUUUGCAAGACAUUUUCAACUUUGGAGUUGGAAUGGACUCGUGGACACUAGGGGAAGUUUUGACUUCGUCCUCGGAUUUACGGACAAUCCACAACUCUCUCUCCCCUCCAUCCGCCAUAUCACUCGACGGUCUUGAUCUGCCCAAGGGAGAAGCAGAGGACGCGUACCACUUCGUGGUCUACCUCCCCAUUGGCGAUACGCUAUACGAACUCGAUGGGCUGAAGCGACAUGCCGUAAACCAUGGAACGUUUUCUGAGAAUGCCGACUGGCUAGAGCGUGCUCUCGCAGUCAUUCAAAGACGCAUUGAGUUAUACCCCCCGGGUUCGGUCGAGUUUAAUCUCCAAGCGAUUCGUCCGGACCCGUUGCCAAUCCUUACGUCGUCCAGUCUACCACCGCAACUCACACAAGCCGACGCCCGUGAGCUGCUAUUCGCCGAGGAAGCCAAGCGGAAACGAUGGGAGUUUGAAAAUGCACUGCGCCGUCACAACCAUCUCGGACUGGCGGUUGGCCUCUUGGAGGCUCUCGCCAAGGCGUCGCUCGCCGCUGGAGUAUCGCCAGAUGGAAUUUCUCUGUGGGAUAAGACGAUAUCCGAUUCCAAGGAGAAGAUGAAGGUGAGGAUUGCAAAGCGCAGGGAGAUGCUCGCCAUGGCGGGCAAGGGUGGAAAAGAGGCCAUGGACCUCGAUGAUUUGUAG